AUGGAUUAUCGCGCCGAGAUCGAUUUCAUUACCCAGGCUGAGUGGACUGCCGUGGUCGCUGCCCUCCACCGCGACAUCCUUGACAACAGGGAGAUGCUUUCUGCGGAUAUCAGGAAUGUGGAUAGUGGUGCUGGCAUUGCAUAUUCUGUCUUGAAGGCUGUCUAUCCGAAGCAUUCUGACAAGCAGCUCAGAUUUGCUGCCCCCGAAGUUCUUGCAAACUCCGGAAAGUUGCGAGGUUUUCGUAGAUCCAGAGACAAUGCUACUCGCGCUACCGUUGCCACCAAGUACCUCAAAGAACGCUCAAGACUGUGGAUGGUCGCCCCCAUCACCCGCACAGUUGAUGAUAAGACGGCCAAGACUCUUGUUGAAGAUCGUUGCACACAGCAACCUAAGUAUGACGAAGCUUACAGCAACAUCAUGUUCGUCUGUAGCAGAGCCGACGAUGUAUCCCUGGAUGAAGCCGCCCCGAGUUUUGGGAUCGUGAAUUCCAUGGAGAAGGAAUAAGAGCGAAGGAGAGGACUGAAAGCUGAGAUUGAGCGCAGGCAGAACGAUCUGAGGACACUUGAAGCCCAAGACUAGGUGGUUAAUGAUAUCAGAUUGCUAGC